AUGACGAAGAACAACAAUCGGCAAUCGACAGACUUAAAGAAACAAGAAAAGUAUAAACAAAAGCAAAAUAUACAUAAGUAUAAAAAGCUAAAGGUCGAAGAAAUAGUAAAACUUUAUAACAAAAAAACGGAUAAUUUAGAAGGAAAAGUUACUUCUGGACGUAAUGUAGAUAAUGAAACUGAACAAGUAUUCACUAAUGAUGACCAAAUGAAAGAUCAAAACUCUUUCAACAAUGAAAACCUGUCUGAUAUAAUCGUUAAUGAAACUAUAGAAGAGGGACAUGCUGAACUCGAUAACAUGUCACAAACCAAAAGCCCAUCAAUUAUUCCCGAAUCAGAUAGCGAAGAUGAUGUGUUUGCUGAAACCCGACAUGGACAUGUUAAUGCAAACGUGGAAAUAAUUAGGAAUGAUGAAGACGGUGAUUCAGAUUCCAUUGCACUAUCCGCAAAUAAUAAGCAUUUUUGAUAAAAAUUUGUAUAUCUUGAAGUAUAUAUACUUUAGUAUAUAUACAGCAGCAGCAACAGCAACAACAACAACGACUACAACAACUACAACAACAACAACAGCAGCAGCUACGACAACAACAACAACAACAACAACAGCACCAACGUCAACAGCGUUAUGAUCCUUAUCAUUAUUUGGAUAACGCAACGUUUGAUUUUGGAGAUGGUAUGACUAUACCAAGUCAUGAAUCCCGAAGAGCAUUUGAUGCAAAGACCCCAUCUCAAUUUAUUAAGAUUAUGUCUCAUGCUGUUUGGGACACAGAAAAUCUAUCACAACGAGUAGUACGAAAACAAAAAAAUACGAGAGAUCGUCAGCAGUUAUCUCCGAGAAAAAAAGAGUUACUGCAAACACAUUACAGACAUUAUUUACAAGAGCAAAAUUAUUCCGUAGAAAAGUUUAAUAUAGAAGUAAAGGAAGUAACUGUUAAUAAAUAUCUGGACCAAGCUAUUCAGUCAGCUAAAAAAAUUAACAAUAGCUAAAGAAAAUAUUUCUAUAAUGGUCCAGAAUAAUAAAGUCCUAAUUUAUUUUGUUAUUAAUCAUAUUAUCUUAUAACGUUCACUAUUAGUCUUGAUGGCAUUAAAAGAGUAGCAUGGCUGCCCAAUUUUAAAACACAGUAACUGCAAAAUUUUUAUACCUGAUUUUUUUAGUAUUGCUGCGUUUUUUAUAACCUUUAGACCUAAAUUUCAAGUAUUUUUCCUUAAAAAUAUUUAUAUUCAAGUAUUUUCUAUUCAUAAAUCAAAUUUUUUAUCAAUU